AUGAAAUCUUCUAAGUGUAAAAGGACAAUAAAAUAUCACUAUGAAAGUAAGAGGAUAACAAUAUAUCUCUUAUUAUGUACUCUUACAAUCCUGUCUUUUUGAUUCAAGGGUUAUCAAAACGUGUGAAAACUAAUUGUUUAGAAAGGAAAAAAAAAAAAAAUAGUCAAUCAAAAAACCAAAAUUCUGAUUCAAAUUUUAAUCAUCGAAGAUUACUUAAAGAUACUGAGUUGGAUCACUUUGAACCAGAAAUUAUAAAAAUAUUCGAAGAAUAUUAUUUACUUAAUGGAUUCCAUACACCAAUUCAAGAUGGUAUGUCUUACAAAAAUAAUAUUUAUUCAAUUAAAAAUGUUUAUAAUUUAAUAUAUCUUAGAUGAUGAAAUUGAAAUAAUUGAAGAAGAUGCACAAGUUUCUACUACAACAGAGGAUACAAGUUUUGUUAUGAGUAAAACGGAUGCAUUGCGAAGUACAGACCCAAUGGUUGGAAUCGAUAAUCAUGCUCCUGAUCAAAUCAAUUUUAUAAGUACAUCAGGAUAA